AGCCACUCAAGACAUACAUCUCUCAGUACUCCCCCAUGUUUCCACCUGCGAAUACAUAAUCAUGGUGGUUCGAGCUGUGAGCCCCUGCUCAAUCUUCAACUCUGUUUCGUCGCCUCCCCUUCCUUCCAUUCCUUGUCAUCUCUGUCGAUUGCCAACCCUACAAUGUCGAACAAUCACCAACUUUGCUUUUACUUUUCGGAAUUCUCAUCCGGAUACCCUAAAUUUCCGUGGACUGAUUCCAACUUAUUCCGCUCAAAAUCUAAAUCAUACAGUCAUGGAUGACCUCCAGAAUUUGCGCUACCCGAAGAAAGUUCGCCUAAGCGAAAAGAUGGGGUUUACAAGCAAUAAACCACUUCUUGAAGACAAGCUUGAGAGGAGGGAACUGAAGAAAGGUUUUCUUUUGGAGUUCAAACAAGAUUCUGAUAGGUUAUUGCUAGCUGUUGCUCAGAAGCCCGAUGGGAAGAAAAGCUGGAUUGUUGCUGAUCAGAAUGGUGUUACGACUUCCAUUAAAACACAGCAAAUAACUUUUAUUGUUCCUGGUGUUAAAAAUUUUGACCAUACAGAGAUAUGUGAUUUCAUCCAGAAAGCUCAAGAUAAUUUGGAUCCUUCAUUGCUUGAAUUUGCUUGGAUCGAGCUUCUAGAAAAGUGCAAGUCGGUGACAGUUGUAGAGUUAGCCCAGAUGAUUUUUGGUAGUACGGAGCCACUUGAAAGCUAUUGCACCCACUUUUUACUUUCGAACGACGAGUUUUACUUCACAGUGCUGGAGAGUCGAGGCCCUUGCUCUGUUUAUUGUCCAAGGACAGUACUGCAGGUGGAAGAACUUAAACGCAAUAAGCUUUUGAAAGAAGCUGCUGAUAAGGAGUUUGAUGAGUUUGUGAUGUUACUAAAAUUGGCCAAGUCAAUGUCGCCAUCUACAAAGCCAAGCAAAUCUUCAUGGACAACCGAGCAUAAAAUUCACAAAAGGAUCAAGUCACUUGAAGCUUAUGCCAUAGAUGCUUGCAAAAAUGAUGAUCAAAAGACAGCUGAAAUGAUCCUGAAGGCGGUGGGUCUGGUGAAGGCAUCAUCUUCGGCAGUCGAUCUUCUUGUUGACAUUGGGUAUUUCCCUGUGCAUGUCAAUCUUGAUCUCUUGAAAUUCGACAUUCAUACUCAUCACUCAGAUGAAGUUGUAUCAGCAGCUGAAAGUCUUCUUUUAGAGUCUAUUGAUCCAGAUGAAGCUGACAGAAUUGAUCUAAGUCACCUGAAAGUUUAUGCAAUUGAUGUCGAUGAGGCUGAUGAGUUGGAUGAUGCAUUAAGUGCAAGACGAAUGGAAGAUGGCCGAAUUCAAGUCCUUAUACAUGUGGCAGAUCCUACUAGCUUCGUUCAACCUGGGAGCAAAAUAUACAGAGAGGCCUUGAGAAGAGGAACAUCUGUCUUCCUUCCAACUGCAACUUAUCCAAUGUUUCCUGAGAAACUAGCGAUGGAAGGAAUGAGCAUGAAGCAGGGAGUGAAGUGCAGAACUGUUACUGUUUCUGUUGUAUUACAUUCAAACGGCUGUAUUGCAGAAGUUUCAGUGGAGAACUCUAUUAUUAAACCGACCUAUAUGCUGACAUACCAUACUGCAACUGAACUGCUUUAUCUGAACUUAGAGGAGGAGGCGGAACUUAAGAUUUUAGAAGAGGCUGCAUCCCUCCGGUUUCAUUGGCGCCGACAACAGGGAGCAAUUGACACAGCAACAUUAGAGGCACGAAUCAAAGUGGCUAAUCCUGAGGAUCCAGAACCUCCAAUCAAUCUAUAUGUUGAGAAUCAGUCUGAACCUGCAAUGCGACUCGUUUCAGAAAUGAUGAUACUCUGCGGAGAAGCUAUAGCGACUUUUGGUUCUUCUAAUAAUAUUCCCUUGCCAUUCAGGGGACAACCCCAAUCAAAUAUUGAUAUAUCUGCAUUUUCUCACUUACCUGAAGGACCUGUUAGGAGCUCAGCUGUUGUAAGGGUAAUGCGUGCAGCUCAGAUGGAUUAUCGGAAGCCUAUCCGCCAUGGGGUCUUGGGGAUUCCUGGUUAUGUCCAGUUUACUUCUCCCAUUAGACGAUACAUGGAUCUUCUUGCACAUUAUCAGGUCAAGGCAUUUCUUAGAGGCGAGUCUCCAACAUUUUCAUCUGGUCAGCUUGAAGGAAUGGGAUCAAUUGUGAACGUGAAUACUAGAAUCGUAAAGAAAGUGUGUAACAACAGUCUUAGGUAUUGGGUAUUAGAGUACUUAAGGAGACAACCAAAAGAUGCAAAGUUUCAUGCUUUGGUCCUCAGAUUCAUUAAAGACAGGACAGCUGCUUUGUUGAUAAUUGAGGUAGGUAUUCAAGCUUCUGCAUGGGUUUCUGUCGGGGUCCAAAUUGGUGAUGAAGUGGUAGUUAAGGUGGUAGAAGCUCAUCCACGCAUUGAUUUUCUGUCUCUAAAGGAAGUAGGCCGAGGAGUAUAAGAAAGUUUGGCAUUCUAAUAUUUAUAGUUCAAAUGUUGGCAAAGAUUCCAGAAAAGAUGGUUCCUAUGUGCUACUCACAGCUUCCAGGGAGGGAGAAACAACAUUUACCAAUUGCACGAGGAAGCACUGAGAAGAACACUAAUCUCUGGUAAGUGCUUAUUAUUUACUGUAAACUAGAAGAGUAAAGCAGAAUCAAAUCACAUGGGAAUCGAGAGAAUUGAUUCCCAUGACUGGAUUAUUUUUUUCGACUUAGGACGACAUGAGUAGAAUUUGUAAACAUGUUAUUCGAAUACGGAAAUGGUUCCUAGUAGGCACACUUAAAAUGUAAGAAAUUUUGAGGUUUAGGAUAUUGACUGCAGCAUUGAAACAUUGAAAAAUAGAAUCUGAUAAUUUUUCUUGA